AUGGCUCCACUACCUCUGCGACCCGCGAACGCGCAGAGCUCCGCAGAUACCAGUAAGAUCCUACCUAUGGACACAGAAGACUCCAUGACUGUGGACGAGGUCUUCUCACGCAAUCAGAUGCGCCAACAGCAAGAAGAGAAGAGCCAAAGACUGGUCGCAAAGAAUCGUCGAAAACGAUAUCUUGAGGUCCAUCCCGAGUACUUCGACGAUUCCUCCCUCGAACUCGCCGAUCCGUUGUUGUACGAUCGCCUUGUCCGCCGCUUCCAGACAGCUAAAGAACGUGAGGCAGAAGGGCAGCGCAAGGGCUUCUCGGGGCAGAUGUCGACAGACUUGUGGCGUGCUGAAGCUAAGAAGGAUGCGCUCAAGCACACCGACGCAAACUCGCUAUUCACAUAUAUUCGCGGACCACAAGGACAGAUUCUGGAAGAGGAUAAAGACGAGGUACCGAUGACCAAAGAAGAGGGCAAUGCUUGGUGGGUCGAUGAGAUGACACAGCGCUUCCUCAGUGGCGCGGACGACGACUUCAAGUAUAAAACGGUGGACGAGAACGUCAAGUACGACGAUGAGAAGGAGCGCGACAUUCAAGAUGCGUACUUCGACAGCAUGGAGUCUGACUUCGAUUCGGACGGCGAAGGGAAAGAGAAGGUCCUGACGGGCGAGACAGGCGUACAAGACUAUUGA